GAAAAGUCCAAGAGCCCCUCUGUAGUCGAAGCUUCCUAGGGAACGACAUUUUAGUUUUCGUACCAGUACUAUUCGAUUUAUAAGUAGAUUUUCUACCUCCAAGAUGGCGUCAGCGAAUGCAGGGACGCUCUCGGUGGCCGAGGGCGGCAGAGGGAUAAUACAGGCGAAAGUACUGACUCUACCAUUUUCGUUUUGCUUUCCCUUUCCCACUUUCGACCAUUCCCUUCUACCAUUUCAAUUUUGCGAAAACCGCCACCUCCUCCUCCAACAAUCCUCAGGCCACCGACGCUGUCUCCACAUCUUCGAGAACGAGCUCAACACGCAGUGGCGAGCUGGAUGAAAUGACCGGUGUAACAGUCGUCGCGUCGUCUCGGUCAUUGGCAGAUGUGGAUGCGACCAACACUUUUGGCCGAAUAAAGAGUGGGACGCAGUUAUGAUCUACGUUGUUUCAUGGUCACCCAGAUUCGAGAAGAAGUAACAAGUAGAACUUCGGCACCACUUUUCUCUUUGUAUAUUCUACAGUACUAGAAGAAGAUGUUGCAGAUGCAGAUCAUCAUUAUGAUUAAUAUGGGUAAGGAGCAAGAACACAGCGACUGAUGUGAUUGAACAAGAUCAUGUAGUACCCCGCACCCGCUUCAUACCCCCUCACGGACCAAGUCUCCUUCGGGCGACUGACCGUCAACAUGGUCCUCUGCGGUCUGGGGGCAGGCAUUUUAUCCCUGCCAUGGACGACAGCUGGUGCAGGGCUAGUGAAUGCAACAUUAAGGGUAGGUUAAAGGUGCUUUUCUUACCGCUUUUUAUGCCUCUCCUAAGGGAGAAAGGCAUAACAAGCGGGGUAAGCGAGCACCAAGAACCUACCUCUAACAACAGUCUGGAACGCUUCGAUAUUAGGUUUGUCCUAUUACACUAUGAUGCUCAUGGUGAAUGCAGCCGAACGACAUCAGGUCUACGAGAUGGAAGGCCUUUUGGAACGUUGUGACAGUUUUGGUGGCCGACGCUUUUCGCAACUCAUGACCGGAGCACGAUGGCGGCUUUUCUGCAGUGGCGCUAUCUGGGUGUCGUAUUGGAUGGCGUUGCUGGGAUACUUGAUCAUCAUCUCUGACUCUGUGGUUCCGACGGUGAAGUUUCUGUUCGGAAUGAAGACGUUUGACCGCAAGAUUCCCGUGGUGUGUGGAGCGUUGAUAAUACUUCCGCUCUGCUUUUUGUUAAGGCCACUUCUUACAACCACUACUUCUAUCUACGGAUCAAGAUCAUUAUUUAAGCAUCCGAUCUGUAGAUCCGUAGAAGUUGUGGUAACUAGAAGUACUGGCGUGCUCUAAUCUCUAGCCAGAAAUCUCUAGCAGUUACGAGCUUAGUCGGAGUCUUCAGUAACUGCUUCGUAGUUUUUGCAGUGGCCUUGAACUUCUUCGUCGGAAGCAACGUGGGUGCAGAUGCAGUGUGCUUGUUGGGAUUCACGAGUGGUAGUAUGUCUUUUGAUCAUCUCCAGCAGAGAAAAUUUUCAAAAAAAAAUUUUCAAUUUUCAUUUUCAAGCACGCUGGUUAGAAAGUAGUACUCUUGUUCGGUCAUACCAGAAGAACAUCGCUCAUCCUCUUCUACUUUCGCACCUCAAUUGCCGACACAAUGAAUAGGGAACAUAACCUACGUUUCUGCGAUUUGUAUGGCAAUGGUGAUCCAGCCUUGCGUCUUGCCGAUGUACGAGACCAUGGCGAAUCGGUCACCGCAGAACUUCUCGAAAAUGCUAAUAGUAGCAUUCAGCAUCCUCUGGGUCAUUUUCACCAUCUUCAGCACCUUCGCUUACAUGAGUUACGGAAGCAAAGUGGAGGGGAACGUAUUUCAGAAUGUUUUUAUAUGCUUAUUCUGCAGUUGGAACUUGCAUCAAAAGUGAUAGUAAGCGUAACAAGGUAGAAGGUACUAAGAUCAAAAAAUGUACUACUUACUCAAUGAUCUCUCAACCCAGAGUAAGCAUCUUGAAAAAUCACUUUCCAUCUCUCUCCCCAUCCACCUCAGGUCCUAAACAACCUUCCAAGCAGUGCAUGGUAUGCCGUGACGGCUCGUGCAGGGAUGUCUUUCGUAGCAAUUGGGGUUUACCCAUUGAUGCUCUUCCCUAUGAUCGCGCCUAUCAAACAGAGGAGGUGGAGGACCAUAGCCAUUGCAAUCGUUCUAUUGUCGACAGUACUGGCAGGGUGCGUUGCGGAUGAUUUGGGUAGUACUCACAGAUGUUGUAAUGUUGCCACAGUCCAAUAAUUUUAUUUGUUUUUGUUCGUCUAAUUCUAAAUUAUAUCACAGGGUUAGUUGCUCCUUCAGGCCAAUGAAUGAGAUGAACGCUGCUCUUCUUCCCUGUGCUCAUUGAUAAGUGAACAGGCCAACGCCUAAACCACUAAGCCAACUGGCCUGUUCACUUAUCACUCAUCGACUUCUCGUCCCAACUCACAGUAGCAUCAACCCAAACCCAAAGGCGUCCUCAACGUAGCAUGUGGUGCUUUAUCAACGUUCUUUUUCAUCGCAUUAUUUCCCGUUGUUAUCGGCACUUCUCUCGGCAACGCAACGAAGGGCGUGGUCAUGGGAACUUUGUUCGUCUUGGGGACUAUUAGUGCGGUUUUGGGAAUCUCAAUGUCGACUGAUAUUAAGGCAAAAUAGUCCGUGAUCAUGAUGACAUACAAUAAUACAUAUUUUUCUCGUCAGCUCAAUAGAAUAGUAUAGCGGUGCUGAAGAUAAUGUUCUCACAGACUUUUUGAAGUAGUGCGUAAUGUAGAUGUAGGACGAUGGAUAAUUGAAUAAAGUGUAAUCAGGAGAAAAUCAACCACUGCUAAUAUUCACGGUGCCGAUAAGCUCGUUGACCACUGCACCUGGAGUUUACACAAGCCUGAUACCCCAGCACCAGUUCCCCCAAUAAAUGGCACGGUUGCAGCUAGUUGGGAAACUAUGUUUGCUAAACAAGAGCAAGGUGCUUCCACAUCAAGCAGCAGUUCAAGAACUGUCGAAUUAACCGAAGCUACAAGGGAACAUCACGCGGAAGUCGGACAAGAAAAAGGGGGAGAUGAGAAUCAGGUCACUGGCGAAAGUACAAGUGCAUCAACUGCUAGUCUUACUACACCAACCUCGACAAGAUCAACAUGGAGAAACUUUAUUUCUCCUCUCUCAAUACUGUCUUUGGUUGACGAGAGUGAUGCGACGCAAACACAAACAGACUUUUUGAAACCAGACGCAGACCAAGCGCCACAGGCACAGCAAGGAAGAGUGAGUCUGAGUUACAACGAGCCAGUAGUCGUUACGGAAAUAGAAAUCAUAUUCAACCGGUUCUUACGCAGAUUAGGUGACAUGUUUUGACACAGCAUGACGAAUUUUUAAACACGUGACUUGCUCUACCGCGAUGAGAAACGCGACUUCUACUUCAUCAUGUUGCUCAUACCAUUUUCCAUUUUGAUCAUCUUUGAUGCAUGAUCAGCAUCAACAUAGUAGCUACAUUCAUUGUAGAAAUAUGACCUUACUUUCACUCACUUGUGCUGAGAUCCUCGUUUCAGUAUGACCUCCACAUUUGUCUUUCAAACCACACACACGCACUGGUGUCACUCCCCACUCGUUCCCACAACUCAGCGCCUGAGUACUAUUGACGAUUGACCAUUCCAUACAAAUAUUUGUUUUUGACAAUUUUGCUUUUGAAAUGAGAAAAACAGGGUUCAAACCUGACUAAGGAUAGAUGACAGCACAAUGCCAAUAUAGUUGUUCUAGAAUAAAC